AUCCGUUCGGCCCAUCUCUGAUCGACUCCUGCGACCAGCUGCACAUUCUGGGCUUUUACCACUCUUUUAAUCCUCGGUUUCAUGGGUCUCUGUCAGUUGGAAGUGUUGAACACGGUCGAAUAGCCAGUGGCCAUGCAAUCAUGUGGAGUCCA